AUGCAUCGUCAUAAUUGUCGUCACAAACAUUUAUUUGUUUCUAAUCAUGUUUCUGAUAACAAAGAAAGUAUCGUUGAAAUUGCUUCUUUUCAUACAGAAUUAAUAAAUCAUUCAAGAAUAAUAACAGGAAAAAAAGAAGAUAAACCAACAAAUAAAAUUGGAGAUGAUAAUAAUGGCCAAGAAAAAAAAAAUUUAGAAGUGAAUCAAGAACAAAAACCAAAAAGUAAUUGUAAAUAUGAUGAUUUAUUUUUAAUUCCAAGAACAUGUAUAGAAGCAUUACCAAAAGAUACAAAUAUAUUUAGUGAAUCAGGUAUUAAUCCACAGAUAAAAGCAAUUCAAAAUUUUGGUAUAAAAACAAAAAAUACAAUUGAAAUACAGGAAACAUUAAAAGUAAGUAGAAAAAAGUGUAAAAAGAAAAAGUAUCUGGCUAGGGCAGAUACAUUAGAUUCUAAAAAAAAAACAGAUGAAAUGAAAGAUGAAAUAGAAUUAAGAAUAACUUUAAAAAAUAAUAAAGAAUGUAAAAAAAAAUCAGAUGAAAUUUAUAAACAUGUUAGUGAAGGAAAGUUUUAUAUGUCGAGAGUUGCAUUAACAAAAGAACAAUGUGUUUUUUUGGAAACAUUAGAUUUUCUUAGAAAUCAAUCAUAUAUUGUUAAUUGUAAAUGUUCACCAGAAGAUUCACCAUCAUCAUAUGCAACAUGUAUAGGGUCAUUUUUAAGAUAUUUACAUAUUUUUAUAAACUUUUCAAAUAUUUUAUUUUGCCCCCCGAUAUGUUCAUCUAUUUCAAGAAAAGGAGCUUUUUGGAAUCCUAAACCACAAUACUGGUAUUUUCAAGAAAUAGAAACUUCCGAAAAAUAUGAAUAUAACGUAAUAAAAAAAGGUACAAAAUCACAUACAAACAUGAAUAAUCUUCAAUUUAUGUUUGAACAUCCAUGUGUAGAUUAUAAAAAAAAAUUCAUGUAUUUUUUUAUUGAAUGUAGUGUAACAAAACAUGUUAUAGCAUGUGCUUUUGCUAAAUCUAUUAAAUCUAAUUAUACAAUAAUAUACUCACAUCAAAAUGCUUGUGAUAUUGGGGAUAAUAUUGUUGGAUACCCAAAUAUGAAGGACAUCGCUUUAUUUUUAAAUUGUGAUAUAAUAUGUUAUGAUUAUUCUGGUUAUGGAAUUAGUGGAGGAAAACCAAGUGAAGAUGCAUUAAAAGAUAAUAUUAUUUCAUUAAUAGAUUAUAUUCAUAUAAAAAUGAAUGUUCCACUUAAAAAAAUUAUUCUUCUAGGAUUUUCUUUAGGUGGAGCUGUAUCAACUAUAGGAGCAACAGCUAGAAAUGUUGGAGGUUUAAUUACAAUGGCAGCACCAGCAUCUAUUUCACAAGUAAUAAAAUACCUCUUUCAUUGUGGAUCGAAAAGUAAAGGACUAGAAGAAUUUGAAGAAGACUCAUCCUCUAUAGUAUAUUUUAACACUUCACAAUACAUAAAAUCUAUAAACUGUCCUUAUUUGGGAAUUCAUGCUUUUGAUGAUAAACUAGUACCAAUUUCACAUGCAAAAAUUAUUUACAAAAACUCUCCAAGGCCAAAAUUUUAUUAUUAUGUAAAAAAUUCAAAUCAUAAUUAUUUAGAUACUGCUUCAGAGGUAUGGAUAAGAAUUAAUGAAUUUCUUUAUCUAGACUUACAAGCUAAAAAUUAA